AUGCAUCUCACUCUCCAUUCACUGAAACCCCACCAUCACCGCACUACCUUCCCCACCAUCACCGCACUACCUUCCCCACCAUCACCGCACUACCUUCCCCACCAUCACCGCACUACCUUCCCCACCAUCACCGCACUACCUUCCCCACCAUCACCGCACUACCUUCCCCACCAUCACCGCACUACCUUCCCCACCAUCACCGCACUACCUUCCCCACCAUCACCGCACUACCUUCCCCACCAUCACCGCACUACCUUCCCCACCAUCACCGCACUGCCUUCCCCACCAUCACCGCACUACCUUCCCCACCAUCACCGCACUACCUUCCCCACCAUCACCGCACUACCUUCCCCACCAUCACCGCACUACCUUCCCCACCAUCACCGCACUACCUUGCCCACCAUCACCGCACUACCUUCCCCACCAUCACCGCACUACCUUCCCCACCAUCACCGCACUACCUUCCCCACCAUCACCGCACUACCUUCCCCACCAUCACCGCACUACCUUCCCCACCAUCACCGCACUACCUUCCCCACCAUCACCGCACUACCUUCCCCACCAUCACCGCACUACCUUCCCCACCAUCACCGCACUACCUUCCCCACCAUCACCGCACUACCUUCCCCACCAUCACCGCACUACCUUCCCCACCAUCACCGCACUACCUUGCCCACCAUCACCGCACUACCUUCCCCACCAUCACCGCACUACCUUCCCCACCAUCACCGCACUACCUUCCCCACCAUCACCGCACUACCUUCCCCACCAUCACCGCACUACCUUCCCCACCAUCACCGCACUACCUUCCCCACCAUCACCGCACUACCUUCCCCACCAUCACCGCACUACCUUCCCCACCAUCACCGCACUACCUUCCCCACCAUCACCGCACUACCUUCCCCACCAUCACCGCACUACCUUCCCCACCAUCACCGCACUACCUUCCCCACCAUCACCGCACUACCUUCCCCACCAUCACCGCACUACCUUCCCCACCAUCACCGCACUACCUUCCCCACCAUCACCGCACUACCUUGCCCACCAUCACCGCACUACCUUCCCCACCAUCACCGCACUACCUUCCCCACCAUCACCACACUACCUUCCCCACCAUCACCGCACUACCUUCCCCACCAUCACCGCACUACCUUCCCCACCAUCACCGCACUACCUUCCCCACCAUCACCGCACUACCUUGCCCACCAUCACCGCACUACCUUCCCCACCAUCACCGCACUACCUUCCCCACCAUCACCGCACUACCUUCCCCACCAUCACCGCACUGCCUGCCCCACCAUCUCACCGCACUUCCUGCCCCACCAUCUCACCGCACUAACUAGAGUUGACCUCUAA